AUAUCAACCAUUUGACAUACAUAGAUACAUAUAUAUAUCUAUUCCUCAUAUUCUAUAGAGAUACUUUUACUUUAGGAAGAAAAACACACACUUUCCUACUAUCCUUUUCUUUUAAAGAUUAAGAUUAUGGAAUCAUACAACUUGGAAAAAGAAAAGAAGAAGAAGAAGUAAGAAUGUAAAUGAUUGAUAAUACAGUUGGCAACUGUCUUUAACUAUAGACAGUUGUAUAAUGAUGAUAUUAACAUGUCAGAAGAACAACAUAUAAAUAUAAAUAAUGAAUAUUGUCCAAUAACACGUCUAUCUUAUCCAUUAUCUUAUUUAACUGGUAUAAAUGAAGAUAUACGAGGUGAAUUAGUACAUUCUAUUAUUGAUUUACAACAACAACAAGAACAACAAGAACAACAACAAGAACAAUCUAUGAAUACAUGUGGAGUACCAAUCAAUGUAUGUUGUGUUUGUUCUAAUGAUGAAAAUGACCUACAAUCAUUACAUUCUGAUGUUCAAGUGUUAUGCGCUACUCCGGGUUGUAAAUAUAAUGGUCCAAUACAUAGAAAGUGUUUAGAACAUUGGGAUGCAUGUUGUGAUUUCUAUUGUCAUUUAUUAAAUAAUUCAUUCAAUAAUUCAUUACUACAAAAAUCAUCAACAUUUGAAACAAUUUCAACAAUAAAACCAACAAUAUCAUCAUCAUUAUCAUCAUCCAUUUUAUCAAAUUUCAAUGAUUCACCUUUACAUAAAUCAUUUAUAGAAGGUUUAUUUCGACUUUAUGAAUGUCCAGCAUGUGGUCAAUAUACAUUGUAUAGAUCAUCAAUUCAUUCAACAGUAUCUUCCACUUCUAAUGCUACUGGUCAGACAUCACAAACAUUAUCGUCUACAACAUCUAAUCAUUUUACAAGUGUUUUAUGCGCUAUUCAAUAUGCUACUGAAAAAUUAAAUCAAUCUGAAAAUUCAAUUCAAUCAACAUUAUUACACUCUGAUCCAUAUUCACAAUGUAAACAAUAUACUUCAAAUUCACCAGUGAAUUAUAUUGGAUCAAUGGAAUUAUCGCCAAAUUUUUUAGAUGAUUUAAAAUCUCAAUCGAAAAUACCCAUAACAAAUUCAUCGACAACGGUUAGGUCACAUUCCUAUGUUCAACCACCAUUGAUUACGGAUCGAUUCAGUGAUAUUUUAAGACGAUAUUCAUUAAGUCGUGAAACAAAUGAUCCUACUAAAUUUUCAACUAGUAAUACAUCAAGUAGUAUGAGUAGUGGAUAUCACAGUGGUUUAUCAACCGGUGAACAUACUGUUGAUCCUAGUCGCCGUUGUAGUGAUAAUUCAUAUGAUCAAUUCAUGUUAUCAAUGAAAGGAGAAGAUAUUAUGAAAGGGAAUGAAGAUAAUUGUAUACCAUGGGAAAUUACAAAUAAUCAAACAGGUCAAUCGAUACCAAGAGCAUUAAUCAAAGGGAAACUACCAAACGAUGCAACUAUGUUAAAUGAUGUUAUCAAGUAUUCGAUUGAUUCAUCUAUGCCAACAACAAGAAAGAGUUAUUCAUCAACUGUAAACUUGGAUGAUCUUUUUGAUAGAAGUUUAGAUACUACUGUGAAUAACAAUACGACUAAUAACAAUGACAAGAACAACAAUGUUGGUAACACUAAUCUUAUGAAUAGACCUCUUUCAGCGAUUGGUAGUCGACGUCAUCAUUCUACACCCGAUGGUUCUGGAAAUAUCAGCUCUUCAACUGUUGGAGGUACUACUAAUACUACGACUACUACUACUAUUACGACGACGACUACAAAUACUUCUUUUCAUCAUAAUGUUAAAUCGAAUCCUUCAUGGUCAAAUGAUUCAAUCGGUAAAUCGAGAACGACACAUUGGCAUGGUAAUAGUAAUAUUGAGACGAAAAUGAAAAAGGUUGUCAAUACCAAAGGAAAUAUAUUUCUACAAAGGAAUGAUUUCAAUGUAUUCAUGAAUUUACCAAAUUAUAAACAAAAUGCUUAUUUCAUUCAAAUGGAUGAUGACAGUUGUACAGGAAAUGAAGAUACACGUGCAUUUCUAUUAGCACAGUUAACAAAUCAUCGAGUUUCUGAAGUCUACUGUUUAGCAUGUCAACAAAUUCUGCCAAUUUAUGAUCAUUUUCCUGUGAUAGAUGGUAUCUUUUUCAUCAGUCCAUUAUGUCAUCGUUCUAAUGAAGGUCAUCGUAAGGGUGGUGGCCUACGGGUCACUUGGCAUACAAAUGGUAUACAGAAUCAAUCUGUUCAACAACAACAGCAAACUCAUCGGGCACACAAUGUUACUACUAACAACACUGAUAACAGUAGUAUCAGUAACCAUUUAAUUUCAUCGACAAAUGAUUAUCAAUCUAUCAAUGAAGUAGCUUUGAAACUUUUGGCUCCAUUAAAGAUUAUCUCACCACCACCUGGUUGUCUUGGACCUAGGCAACAAUUAAAUUCAACACAGCAUAAUAUGAUUAGUACUGGUACCGUUGGGGGUGCAGGCUCAAAUCAAGGUGCUGGCAAUAAUAAUAACAAUAGUAGUAUACCAUCUAGAUUUUCAACAAAUAAUUCAUCUACUAGGCAAUGCCGUUAUUUGCAUGCUCUAUGCUUGAAUUGUAUGCAUUCAGAAAACAUGAUGACCACUGGUCGAGUAAAUGAUUUAAAACGUAUUAAAUGCAAAAUUUGUAGUAAACCUUGGUCUGGCACUUCAUUACUAGUUGGUGGUCUUUACACUUAUGAUAUAUUUGCUGCUGUACCAUGUUGUUCAGCUCAUUUAACAUGUGGUUCAUGUCAAUCACGUCUAGAUAAUUUAUCACUAUCAUCCAAUUCAACAAUAUCGUCCUCCCCUUCCUCAACAACAACAAAUACUACAACAACUACAAGUACAUUACAAUUAUCAUCAAAUGAUCUACCUCAUCAACAUCAAUAUCAUGAUCAAAAUCAAUUUCCAAUCAAUAAUAUUGAUCAAUCGAUAAAUAAUCUUACAAUUAAAUCUUAUCCAUUAAAUUAUUUUAGUCAAUAUAGUAAUUUAAUUAUUUGUCCAUAUUGUUCUAAAGUGGAUUAUCAUUUUGUUAAAUUAUUUGAAGAUUAUUAUGAAGUUAAUAAUUGAUUAUUAAAGUUUUUUUUUUUACAUUUCAACUUCACUAUCGUACAGGAUCAUUUCGUUAUACUUUUGAUAUUUUACUUCUCAGGGUGUUUUACUUUUUUUUUGCUUUCCGUUUCAACAAGUUAAUACAAUCGAGCAAUUCAAACAACCAGACAAACAACACAAACACAAACACAAACAAACGGACAAACAGCACAAACACAAACAAACAACCAGAAAAACAACACAAACACAAACAAACGGACAAACAACAUAAACAAACAUAAUUGAUACUUGAGCUAGAAAUAUCAUCCAAUCACAUAGUAUUUUUUUCAUUUUUCAGUUUGACCUUCAAUUUUUACUCAGGUCAAUGUUUUUAAUUGUCUUUUCUUCUUCUUUUGUUUUUUUCUCUCUCUGUGUGCUCAAAAUCCAUUUUAUGAUGAAUGUUUUAUUUUAUUACUUAUUUAUUCAUUUCAGUAGUAUAAUACAUUUAAAAGAAUACUACUAUGCAUAUAUAUAUAUGUAUGUAUAGUAGUAUAUAAUAAUUUAUAUAAAUAUCCACUUGAUUAUAUUGAAUACAUUGAAACAAUGUUUAGAAACAAACAAAACAAAACAAAGUUGUUCAUUUGUCAAUAUGUGUGUGUGUGACACAAAGCGCCAAAUUGUAAAAAGAAUCUCCUUGUUCAAUGGAACUCAGUUUAUAUAUCUAUCUAUCCAUAUCUAUAAAUAUACAUUAUUUUUGUGGUUAGCGUUUUUUUUAGCGUGUUAAUUAUCUACUGGAUGUGGUUGCUAACACCAUAUCCAACUGUUUUCCUUUAUCCAAGCUUUGGAUCAGCAUUAAUCCUAGAGGGGGUGGUGCCUAUUUAACUAUUGUAAAGUCAAUAUUACAAGUCAUUUUGUCUAAUUCAAUUUCUGUUUUAAACAACAUAUAGGUUUAUAUAUUCAAAUCAUGUUCCAUUCAUUGUUUACAUUAUUUUUGUUGUUGUUAAAAAAUGAUGAGAAUGAAUAGUUUAAGUUUUUGUUUCCCGCCAAAUGUCUAUUUCUUUUUGUCAACGUUACCAAUGUGAAAGCCUUUCAUUGUUUUAUUUUUAUUAGUUGCCUAUUAAAAGUAAAUUGAUUAAUCAUUAUUAUUACGUCAUAAAGUGUUACUAGCAUUAUUUAUUUAUUUAUUGAAGACAUGAUAAGUGAUGAAAUCUCAGGGGAGUGGGGGUUUGUUCAUGCCCACUUCUUUCUUUUCUCUUUCCCCAGGUAUAUUUAUG